GCCAUGGCGCCGGGGGCCGGGCGGGCGCUUGGGCCGACUCGGCGGUUUGGCCGGGGGAGGGGCUUUGGGAGGCCCCGCCCCGGCCCCGCCCCCGCCGCCAUGCGGCCCGCCCCGACUGCGUUGUGGCUGCGCCUGGCUGUAGCCGUGGCCCUGGCCCUCGGUGGACCCCUGGCUGCGCGGUGGGCCUCUGCCCCGGCCCCCAUCUACGUCAGCAGCUGGGCCGUGCGGGUGUCCCAGGAGGGCUACCAGGAGGCCGAGCGCCUGUCACGCAAAUUCGGCUUCGUCAACCUGGGGCAGAUCUUCCCUGACGGGCAGUUCUUCCACCUGCGGCACCGGGGCGUGGUCCAGCAGUCCCUGACUCCGCACUGGGGCCACCGCCUACGCCUGAAGAAAGACCCCAAGGUGCAGUGGUUCGAGCAGCAGACGCUACGGCGGCGGGUGAAGCGCUCCUUGGUGGUGCCCACGGACCCCUGGUUCUCCAAGCAGUGGUACAUGAACAACGAGGUGCAGCCGGACCUGAACAUCCUGCAGGUCUGGAGCCAGGGGCUGACUGGCCAGGGCGUCGUGGUCUCCGUGCUGGAUGACGGCAUUGAGAAGGACCACCCGGACCUCUGGGCCAACUACGACCCCCUGGCCAGCUACGACUUUAAUGAUUACGACCCAGACCCCCAGCCCCGCUACACGCCCAGUGACGAGAACCGGCACGGGACCCGCUGUGCUGGGGAGGUGGCAGCGAUGGUGAACAACGGCUUCUGCGGUGCAGGUGUCGCCUUCAAAGCCCGGAUUGGAGGUGUGCGCAUGCUGGACGGCACCAUCACCGAUGUCAUCGAGGCGCUGUCGCUGAGCCUGCAGCCACAGCACAUCCACAUCUACAGCGCCAGCUGGGGCCCCGAGGAUGACGGCCGCACGGUGGAUGGCCCCGGCAUCCUCACCCGCGAGGCCUUCCGGCGCGGCGUGACCGAGGGCCGCGGCGGGCUGGGAACGCUCUUCAUCUGGGCUUCGGGCAACGGCGGCCUCCACUAUGACAACUGCAACUGUGAUGGCUACACCAACAGCAUCCACACGCUGUCUGUGGGCAGCACCACGCAGCAGGGCCACGUGCCCUGGUACAGUGAGGCCUGCGCCUCCACCCUGACCACCACCUACAGCAGCGGCGUCGCCACCGACCCCCAGAUCGUCACCACGGACCUGCACCACCAGUGCACGGACAAGCACACGGGCACCUCAGCCUCAGCCCCACUGGCCGCGGGCAUCAUCGCCCUGGCUCUGGAGGCCAACCCACUCCUGACGUGGAGGGACAUGCAGCACCUCGUGGUCCGCGCAUCCAGGCCCACGCAGCUGCAGGCCGAGGACUGGAGGACCAACGGAGUGGGGCGCCAAGUGAGCCACCACUACGGCUAUGGGCUGCUGGACGCUGGGCUGCUGGUGGACAUGGCCCGAACUUGGGUACCCACACGGCCCCAGAAGAAAUGCACCGUCCACGUCCUACACAACCCCACCCCCAUCCUGCCGCUCAUGCACGUGAGGAACAACGUGUCAGCCUGCACCGGCAGCCGCAACUACAUCCGCUCACUGGAGCACGUGCAGGUGCAGCUGUCGCUGUCCUACAGCCGCCGCGGGGACCUGGAGAUCUCCCUCACCAGCCCCAUGGGCACCCGCUCCACCCUUGUGGCCAUCAGGCCCCUGGACAUGAGCGGCCAAGGCUACAACAACUGGAUCUUCAUGUCCACCCACUUCUGGGAUGAGAACCCACGGGGCCUGUGGAUCCUGGGCCUGGAGAACAAAGGCUACUAUUUCAACACGGGGACGCUGUACCACUACACGCUGCUGCUCUACGGGACGGCGGAGGACAUGACGUUGCGGCCGCCGUUCCGGCCCCCGGACCCCCAGGUGACCAGCAGCGCGUGUGUGCAGCGGGACACAGAGGGGCUGUGCCAGGAGUGCCACAGCCCUGCCUACCUUCUGGGCCGGCGCUGCCUCGCCUAUUGCCCUCCGCGGUUCUUCAACCACACGCGGCGAGCCGUGACUGCGGGGCCCGGGCGCCCGGCCGCGCCUGCGCUGAGGGUGUGCACCAGCUGCCACGCGUCCUGCUACACCUGCCGCGGCGGCUCCGCCCGCGACUGCACCGCCUGCCCGCCGUCCUCCACGCUCGACGGGCGGCGGGGCUCCUGCUCCGGGCCGGCCGACCCCCGCGGCCUCCCCCAGCCCACCGCCAGCGCCAGCGCCUGCUGCGGCAGCCCCCGCCGCCUGGGCCCCGCCGUGGUGCAGGUCCUCCUGGCCGUGGCCGUCGGGUGCCCCCUCCUCUGCGGCGCGUCCACGGACCGCCGUAGGCCAGGUCUCAGACACUGGGGUCGCCCCAGUCACCUGCCAGGCCCAGCUGCCGGCUGGAACCUGGAGUGGUAGGACUUGGAGUGUGGACCUGCCUUCCCCUGGGCCCCUGCAGGCACUGUGUCUCGCCCCCGCUAGCCUGGCCUGGAGGGGCGAGAAUGGCCCCAGAGGGCCCUGGCUGGCCACUGGCGGUGGGGCCAGAAAUAACCUCCAGGUGGAAGACAGA